AUGGCGGGGCCUGCGGGGACAGCGACAGGCUGGGGACAGGGCUGGCGACAAGGGCGGGGGUGGCAGAAGGGGACGGGCAAGGGGCACCCACCUGCUCACAGCCCCCCGCGGCCGGCGGCCGGACACAGCGUCCCGUCGGCGGGGGCCCUGCGGGGACACGGCGUCACCGGGGGACCCCAAAGCCUCGGGGGGGGGACCCCAAAGCUUCGGGGGGACCCCGAAGCCUCGGGGGACCCCCCAGCUCCGUGGCAGCCUCUCGCCCCCACCGGUUCCCCCCUCCGCUGCCCCGGGGCUCCCCGCUGCCCCCCCCCCCCCCCAUCAUCCCGGUACCCCCCCCCCGCCCCCCGGGGCCCUGUCCCGCACCCCCCGGCCGGCCCCGCGGCUCCCGUGGGGGGGGUGCCCGCCGUCCCCGAGCCCCUCCGGCCCCGAGUGACGCCCCCCGAGCCCCCCCCGCGCCCCACACGGGGUCGCCCCGCGGUCCCCCCGCACCUCCCGCGGGCCGCCAUGGCAACAACUCCCGCCGCACCCGCCGCCAUCUUUGUUCCUCCCUCAGCCGGCCCCGCCCCCGGCGGCCUCGCCGGCGGCUCUGCGCGUGCGCCGCCCUCCCGGCCACGCCCCCCCGGCGCCGCGCGUCGCCAUGGAAACCGCGCGGCGUCUUAA